UAUAGUGUUUAAUAAUUAUAUGAAGUAUAUCAGUUGCAGUGAAUAAGUCUCGACAAUCGCAUCACAGCAAUUUAUUUGCUGGAAUCGAAUUGAAAUUAUAAUUAUAAAUAAACGCAAGAGAAAUAUCUUUUAUUAAAUUAUUAAAAUUUUUCAAUAUUUUUACUUUGAUUACAUUAUGAAUCCUUCAACAACAACAAAGUCAAAAUCUGUUUGCACUGAUCAAUUACAAAGAGAGAAAGUGUUUCCGCAGAAAAAUUACAAACAAAUACAGCCCGAGGGUGAGAAUGUCACUGGCUUAACCUGCGAAUGUGGAGUUUUCGGUGCUAUAGCUUGCGGCGAAUGGCCUACGCAGAUUGAUAUCGGGCAAGUCGUAUGCUUGGGUUUGGUCGCUUUACAGCAUCGAGGUCAGGAGUCCGCAGGCAUUGUCACAAGCACAGGUAAAACUUCGAAAAAUUUCAGCGUCCAUAAGGGUAUGGGUAUGAUUAACAAUCUGUUCAAUGAUGACACGAUGAAGAAAUUAAAAGGAAAUCUGGGUAUUGGACAUAAUCGUUAUUCAACUUCGGCCGCUUCAGAAAUGGUUAAUUGUCAGCCAUUUGUAGUGCAUACUGCUCAUGGUGCUUUAGCUAUAGCGCACAACGGCGAACUGGUAAAUUGUGAGUCGCUAAGGAAAGAGGUUUUAGAACGUGGUGUUGGUUUAUCUACUCAUAGCGACAGUGAAUUGAUCGCUCAAUCAUUGUGUUGCGCGCCAUUAGAUAUAUCUGAGCACGAUGGCCCCAAUUGGCCGGCUCGUAUACGCCAUUUUAUGACCUUAGCACCUCUAUCUUAUUCGCUUGUAGUUAUGCAUAAAGAUAAAAUAUAUGCUGUACGUGACACAUACGGGAAUCGUCCGUUAUGUAUCGGUAAGAUUGUACCCAUUGGCUUGGGUGCCGGUAAACCAGAUGUUGCCCCGGCGGAAGGUUACGUAGUGAGUAGCGAAAGCUGCGGUUUCUUAUCGAUCGGUGCGCGUUAUGUGCGAGAAUUGGAGCCGGGCGAAAUAGUUGAAUUCACACGUAACGGGUUCCGUACUGUGGAUAUUGUAGAACGACCCGACUAUAAACGUAUGGCUUUUUGCAUUUUCGAAUAUGUAUAUUUUGCUCGAGCCGAUUCAAUUUUUGAGGGACAAAUGGUUUAUUCAGCGCGUUUGCAAUGUGGUCGCCAGUUGGCGCGCGAAUCGCCACUUGAUGCUGAUAUUGUUAGUUCAGUACCGGAAUCGGGUACAGCGGCUGCUCACGGGUUUGCCCGAGAAUCCAAUCUACCAUUUGCUGAAGUUUUAUGUAAGAAUCGAUAUGUGGGCCGUACUUUCAUUCAACCCUCUACACGUUUACGUCAAUUGGGUGUGGCCAAGAAAUUUGGUGCGUUGGCUGAGAAUGUCGAAGGCAAACGAAUCGUGUUAAUCGAUGACUCUAUAGUACGUGGCAAUACCAUUGGCCCAAUCAUUAAACUUUUACGUGACGCCGGUGCAAAGGAAGUGCAUAUACGCAUAGCCAGUCCACCUUUGCUUUACCCAUGCUAUAUGGGAAUUAAUAUACCGACCAGAGAAGAACUCAUAGGCAAUAAAUUAAAUCCCGAACAAUUAGCGAAACAUGUCGGAGCGGACAGCUUAGCGUAUCUAAGCGUGGAAGGCUUAGUUAAGGCUGUGCAGGUCAAUAAAGCACAAUGCAAUCCAUCAAAAUCUGGUUAUUGCACGGCAUGCCUGACAGGCGAUUAUCCGGGUGGCUUACCCGAAGACUUAAGUUGGUAGCACUUUUCUUUCUAAGUUAAAUAUUUGUUAUUUUUUAUUUUACGUCCUAAUCUAAUGUGUACAGUGUGCGCAUAUAUCUAAUUUCCCGCACCAAAGUCAAAAGUCAA